GGUAUGGUCCAUGUGACGAAGCUAUGUUUAUUCCAUUUGAUGCCAUUCGAAUGUAUGCAUAUAGUACACCGUCUGGAGAGGAUUAUCUUUGUGAUAGAAACAUCAUAGAUGAAUCAAAAUGGUAUAAAGCGACGGAUGACAUGGUAACCAAUGCUACUAUUGCUGACAGGUGUGGAACGAAGUUUCCUAUUUGGAUGAAAGGUACUAUUCCAAAAACUACGGAUACAAUUGGUCACGAAGUCAAUAGAAGAGCAUGCGUUCCUGGUAUUCACUCUGCUUGCGAUACUGAAUAUCUGAUAAAAGUGAUCAACUGUGGAACGUACAGAGUGUAUAAAUUGAAAAAACCAGAUGGAUGUCCAAAAUCCUACUGUUUCGGUUAUGGCGUGAAAGAUACUCCGCCCACUCAGAACACAUCAAAGCCGACUGUCGAACACAUAUUCACCACAGCAACUGGUUUCUUUCGAUACCAACUCAAUAACUUCCAAUGUGUAUUUCCAUUUCUAUCUAAUGGAAACCAUACACUUCAUUAUCAAAUAUACUGGUACAUCGAUGAUGUCAACGCUUUUGUAUCAGAUGCAGUUGAGAAGGAGGAAUUUGAUAAAACCUAUCUGAAUGAAAAUAAUGGGAUAUUGAAAAUGGGAAUCAGGAUUUCCUGUUCAGUCAGGCUCAAGUACCAUCCAAGAGGAUUCCCGGGCCCAAUGUCAGUAAAAAGUGAUAAUUUCUUUGCAGGUGUGAAGUUAUCAAGACAUUCAGUGCCAAUUAAAAGAGGGGAGUUGGAGAAGGUGGAGUUAACUUUUACAGUUCCGAUUCCAUGUGGUUUUGUUAAGGAUGCUGUUCAAAGCAAUGAUAUAGAUAAAGCAUCAUGCCCAAUGAAUAUUGAGAUGCUAGUUCCAAAUGGACCUGCUGGAACAUGUGAAUCUACUCUGACAGCAGAAAGCAAAUGUGGCGUUGAAAUAAAAGAUCCCGACACAUGGAAUAAAUCCCAUAUUUUGAAUAUCCUUCACAAGGACACUGGGAAUUAUAAGCUUACCCCGGCUGAGUCUGAAAGGAAGGUUUAUCUCAGAAUUUACGACUUUGAAAUAGGAAAAGCUUGGAGAGGAGUUGACCUUCCUGUUAUAAAUGUACAUAUUGAAGAGACAAUAGACGACUGGAAAGGAUCGAGCUGUACGGCACAUAGUGAUCCACAUAUGAAAACGUUCGACCAAAUCUCAUAUGACAACCACAUCAAUGGAACAUUUAUCAUGUAUCGAUACCAGGAUUCCGACGGAAACAUAAUGGAGGUUCAAAUAAAAGUAACUCCAUGCAAUCUUCAUACCACUAUUUUCUGUGUUUGUGGUAUCGCUGUUCGAUCCGCAGGAGAUGUUUUUGUUAUCAAUAGAUGUCCAGGUCUGAAAAGAAAUAUCUUUGAAUUUAGAAGCUGUAUAGACAAUACUUUGGAAGUGCGAAAGAUCGAUGACUUAAAUUAUAAGAUUUAUAUGCCAACGGGUACAUAUGUCCAGACAAGAUUGUGGUUGUAUUAUGACGUCAAUGUCAUGGAGGUAGAUAUAUUUCCAUCAAUGGUGGACGUAAAUAAUUCAGAGGGUUUGUGUAGUAGACUCGGAUCAGAGAAACUCAUAAGGAGAGAUGGAAUAGCGGAACCACAUUCUUUCCGUCCAGACAGAUUCUCACAAUCCUGGAGUGUAAGGUAUGAAGACAAUCUAUUGGAUAUGCCUGAUGAAAACGUCACUCAGCUACCCUCUCUUCUAACCUCAUACGUAGUGUGUACCUGUGAAAACAGCGAAUCGAUUGUAAACGAAGUGACUUGCUCUGAUGAAAAAAGAAUUACAUGUGAUAUUUUCAAGUCUAAACCUCUACAGAAAAAUACCUGCUACGCAAGAAGAAGGAAGAGGUCGCUGCAAGAGAAAUUAUCAUACAUACCAAAUAAUUUCAUCCCUCAUCAUCACCGCGAAAAGCGUGCCAUCAAGUACGAUUCUAAGGUUGUUAUGAAUACAAACCAAGCCAGAUCUUUCUGUUUGAACUACAUGAAUGAAUCAGAGGGUUACAAAGCUUGUCUAGAUGUUCCAAAUGUUAAUCCCGAACAUGCGUUACGGGAUUGUAUAGCAGAUAUACAGCUAACAAAUUCAACAUCCUGGGCAACAGCGGCACGAGAGGGUCUUAAAUCACUAUGUUUCAAGGAGUUAUCCCAAAAUAACACUCUACAGAACAUAACGGAGAGUAACGGUGUUUCAUUGGUGGACAGGAUAUUGUCUGUAGCAUGCCCAAGUGAAUGCAGCAAUGAAGGGACUUGUGAUAAUGGUACGUGUAUAUGCAAUACUGGAUUUGGAGCUGCAGACUGUUCCAUAAAUAUAAACAAUCCACCUAUAGUGAAUGGCGUGAAUUUAGACCAUGGAGGAUUGUGUGACAAGCAGCAUUGUUCAAAGGCAAUUGUGGAGGGUGACCUGUUUCUUGAUAUGCCAACACUAACGUGCAAAAUGCAUCGAUUUGAAAUUCCUUACAAUGGAAAUGUGAAGUAUCUAGAUAAAACGGAUGUGAAAGCAGAUCAUAAUUCGAUUUCUGAUGUGGUCUGUCCAUUUCCAAAAAGCCGGAGACGACGAUCGGCGGGCUCCUCUUUCAUAUCUGGUUAUAAAAUAUCUAUGAGCAACAACGGGAAAAGCUUCAGUCCCUCGCACAUGAUGUACAUAUUGGACUCAACAUGUCAGAAUACCAUAAACAUUUCUGGAGAAAUUAGAUUCGUUCUAAAGGACGGAUUUUGUUUCAUCAACGGUCACUGUAUAACACAUGGUACUCAGGAUGGUUCAAAUAUUUGUCACAUAUGCAAUUACAAAUCUAAUGUAUUCAGUUGGACAGUGCAAUCAUCAAAGCCUGAAUGCGAAAAAGAGAAAACAUCAAAUCUUUGGAUUAUAGGUGUCGUCAUUGGAUGUGUGGCCAUAUUGCUGUGCCUAGGAUUUUUGUUGAUAAUCAUUAAAAAGAAAAAUCGGAUCAUCGGAACUGUCCCACCUCCUUAUGAAAAGUGAUACGGGAACAAUUUACAAAUAUUUACAUUAUAUGUUCAUCAACAAUACACAGGAGUAAUAAAUGUUUCGAGAUGAUACACACAAAAUAUGUUGAUAUCCGUAUAAGCGUCAUUAUUUGUGAUAAAAAUCAUCCAUAGGUAAAAUUAUAUUGUAUUUAGAAAAUAAUGUGCUGUAUUUAAAAAAUGAUGUACCAUAUUUAAAUGACUUUGAAUUAUAAGACAUAUGACAAAAGAAAAUGAUUACUAUAUGUGUAAUUAAUUGUAACCAUUAUGUAUAUAUUUUGAAAUUACAGUGUCCUAAA